UAAUCUGACCAGACCGGACUCUACCGGAGAAUUCAGAGAUUAUUCGCAAAUACGCUCUUUUACACCACUGAUUCUUGAUAAUUCGUUUUAGAAAAACAUGAAUAUUUCGAUCAUAAAUAGUUAAGUUAUUUACAAAUAUCUGGUGUCUUACGAAGGGGCGAAAGAUCUAUUAUAUUUCAUUUUAGAAGUAGUUCUUGCAAUAUUUCGAUCUAAAUAUAACUGAAAUAAGUGUUUAUAUAUCUAGCCAUGGCGGAUAUUAAAACUUUACUUAAAGAUGCAAGAAAACUAAUUGAUGAGAAGGAUUACAAAGGUGCCCAAGAAUGCUGUAAGAAUAUAUUAAGAAAAGACAAGCAAAAUUACUUUGGUCUUGUAUUACUGGGUAAAUCCUUACAAGAUUCUGAACAGGCACCACUGGCCUACCAGAAAGCUAUAGCUAGUAAGCCUGACCACCCUCUUGCCUGGCAAGGACUUGCCAACUAUUAUGAAAGGAAAGAAAAUACCUCAGAUAAAACAAAACUAUUUGGUAUUUAUAAUGAAAUGUUAAAUUUGCAAAUGGAAGAAGAAAAAUCUAUUGAAAUCAUAAUAAAACUAGGUCAGUUAGGAUGCGAAUUGAAAAGUAUUGAAGCUUUGUCUAUAAUAGCCAAUUUUUUGUUGAAAGACAAUGUACUUAGUUUGAAUAAAGCAGCGGAAAAACAAUUCAUGGACUUAUUAAAAUCUAAUAUUACAGUUGAUGAUGAAAAUAUACCUGUAAUUCUAAAAUCAUUGCACAAAAUGUACAGUGAAGAUCCCAAUGAUUCUCUUGAAAUAUUGCUAUGCAAAGUGAUCAUUAGAAAAUCUGAUUUUGCAUCUGCUGUUGAAGAAAUAAUAAAUCUAAAGUUUUUCCCAAACAAUGUGCUAUUGAGAGACUGGCUGUGUAAACAGCUUUGUUCUAAAUAUGCAGAAGAUAUGUCUUUCAGUGGCUUUCAGAUUGAAAAUCACAUAGACACAAUCAGUGAAGGCAUCAUGAACUCUAAAUAUCCAAGUCUUCUGAGAAGUAUGUUAUGCUAUGACAAAGGCUUGUACCUUGAAGCAUACAAGCAAUGUGUUCCAUUGAUUAACUAUCAAGAAGCUGAUAUCACUGAAGCCACAUUUGUAAUUAAAUGUACAAUCAUGUUGAAAAAGUGGUCAGUUACACAAAAGCUUGCAAGUAACUUUCUCACCAAGGUCAAAGAUGAAAAGUUUGCAACCACUCUUAAAAGAUUCUUAAUCCUGUCUUUAACCAAACAACAGAAAUGGAAGCAAGCAAUAUCUCAUGCUCAAGAAAUACCCAUUGAAUCAUUGGACAAUCUAGAGCUGGCCAGUCUAGCAGAGUGUUGUAUUGAAGCUGGUGAACCAGCUGACCAUAUAAUGAACCAUCUGGUAUCUACCGAAUACUACAAACAACUGCAAGCUCUACUUCUUUUGAAGCAGAAUAAAUAUGAUCAAGUGAUUGAGUUGUUAGAAGGUUCAGCCGAGGGUUCAUUACACAUUUUCUAUUUGGGAAAAGCUUACUGGGAACUUAAACAAUAUGAUAAGUGCAUUAUAUAUCUUUUGAAAGCAGCCAAGUUGAAUCCUGAUCAUGCUGAUACAUUCUUAUAUUUAGGCCACUUUUACCAUCAUCAUAAAAGUGAUUUACAGAAAGCUAAAAAAUGUUAUGAAAAAGCGCAAAGUAUCAAUCCUAUUAACAUGACUAUAGCUAAGAGCCUUAGUGAAAUUUAUGUCAAAUUGCAGCAGAGAGAUGAUGAUUUUGAGCUAUUAAAUUCAUUAGCCAAGAGUUCUUCAAACAUUGAACCUUGGGUCAACUUCAGGUUAGGCCUUCAUUAUUCAAAUAGGAGAGAAUGGGAGAAUGCCAUUUUAAAUUUUAGAAAUGUUAUAAAAUUGAAUCAAAAUGAUACUACUGCAUUUGAGUGUCUGGCAGAUGCAUACUAUUCUCGAGGUUCUUAUACAUCAGCAUUGAGAGCAUACAACAAAGUAAUGAGUUUAGAUCAAAGCAAAUCAGCUCACUGUCUUACAAGAAUAGGCCUCAUAUAUUCAUUGUUAACCCAGUAUGAAGAAGCUGUAUCUACAUUCGAAAAGGUAUUUGUAAUUGAUCCUUAUUCAUUCUUGGCUCUCAAAGGCAUUGCUGAGACUUGGAUGAGAAUUGCAAAGAAAAAAGUUGAAGCUAAAAUUUUCGGAACUGCUAGAGAUUGUGCACAACAUGCAAUAGAUUAUAUUACAAAAGCAUUAUCAAAACAAAAUCAAUUUUUAUGUUUUUGGAGACUGUUAGCUGACAACUUGAUGUUUAUAACUAAAUUGCCAAAUAAAUAUGCCUUUGUUAAUAUGCCUGUACUAUCAAAAGAAAGUGGCAAUAACUUUGAAAUAUCUAAGAAAGAGAAACUUGAAAUAUUCCCUCAGGCCAUUGCCUGUUAUUCUCAUAUAGCGAAACAAAAUCAGCAGGUGUCAUCAUACGAUUUAGCGUCAGCAUAUUUGGCUUUUUAUAAUGAAAACAAGAAAAUUGUCAACUGUCACAUCUCCUUUAACUUGACAUUAAAUUGCAUUAAAGAAAGACCUACACUUUGGAGAAACUGGAAUUUACUUGGGAAAAUAUGUUUGGCUAUCAAAAAGUAUGAAAUUGCCCAGCAUUGCUUUAUCAAAGCUCUUUUAGUGACUAGGAAAUGGUCUGUUGCAAAGAUUUGGUGUAAUCUGGGGACAUUAUAUCUGAAAUUAAAACUAUACAAAUUAUCUAACUACUGUUUUUCACGUGGACAAUCAGCGCUACCGUCGCAUCCUCAAAGUUGGAUUGGUCAGGCAUUGAUUGCAGAAGCGAUUCGAGAAGAGGAAGCUAUGGAUCUGUUCAGACAUGCUUCUCGCUUGGGAUACCACCCAGAAAGUGCACUUGGGUAUGCUGAUUGGGUCUGCAGGACUUUAAAGAAUAACAAGUACAAAGAAAACUCUGAAUCGAAAUAUGAAAUAGAAGGUCUUUUUGCUAUACCUUACGCUAUUGAUCUGGUAGAGUGGUAUUGUAACUUCGAAUCUUCGGACCCUUGCGCAUACAACAUUCUCGGAAUAUUACAAGAGAGGUUUGGCCUGAUCCGAUCUGCUAUACAAUCUUAUGAGAAGGCAUUUGAAUAUGCAAGUGAUGAUAAGAAAAAUAUUACUCUUCUUAACAUUGGAAGAAUUCUAGUAAGGAUGGAGAAAUAUGAUGAGGCAAUUAAGAUAUACAAAGCUAUAACUGAGGCAAGCCUGGAAUCCACUACUGGGUUAGCAUUUGCGCUUUUUAAGAAUAACCUUUAUGAAGAAAGUUACUCUGUAUAUGACACUGCACUUCAUUGGCUGAGCAAUUCAGAGGCCGAAAAAGCAGAUCUUCUGGUAGCUAUGGCUGGUAUUGUAUACAUGCAUAAGGGAGCAGAUGAUGCAAAAACUAUCUUGUUCCAUAGCAUUCAAGUAUCACACAAGAAGCCGACGCCGCACAGCUUGUUUGCAAUCUGUUCUUUAGGGUUGAUCCAGUCUGAUCAGGGUUUGUCAAAACUUGCAUUAAGUGAAUUACGAAAAUAUGAGAGGGAGAGCAGGUAUGGAUAUGAUAUAGGGUUUUUGAAGUCCUAUAUCUCUGUUUGUGAAGAUAAUAUGGGCCAAGCUAUAAAACUACUAAGUGAUUGUCUACAUGAUCAUCCUAGCAAUGCCCUCUUAUGGUUCUGCAUGGCACAAUAUUGCCUUAAGGCUACUAAUACAAAGGCUAAAGUUGCGAGCUGUUGUGCUCAAAAAGCUUUAUCCUCAGCCCAUCAUGGUGAAUUUGAUUGCAACUUUGGUAAAAUAUUGGCAUCAGCUAGUAUUGCCGAACACUUGGCAGGAGAUAAGAACAAAGCCUUGUUAUUAGCCAAGGGGGGACUCCAUAUGUAUCCAAAUCAAGCAGAAAUAUGGGCAGCACUUUUGUUUUCACUGCUAGCUCAUAAAGUGUGGAGCGAAAAUAAAAAAUGGCUUUUAGGAGCCACAGCACAUAUGCGGAAAUCUUUAAAUAUUUCAAGACCUCUUGGACGAUGGUUGAUUCUCAUGGAAAAGAAACUGUGCAAAUAAUAAAUUAUAUUCUAUAAAUUUACUUGGCAACAUAUAGUAAACUAUAUAUAUCUCUUGUAUCAAAUUUAUUAUUUAUUAAGUGUAACCAAAUAAAGUUUCUUUUAUAAUUAA